UUCUCUACUUCUUUUCCGCUGUUGUAAUUGUACUGCUUAUGGGCAGAAAAAAGUAAUGUUUGUUAAUGUUGUUGUUGAUGAAUAAAGUAAUGGUUAAUUUACUUUUUUGGAUGAUUAUCAAUGGCAGCUAUUGAUAAAGUAAAAAUUAUCGUUGUUGGAGACUCAGGUGUGGGAAAAUCAUCUCUGACACAUCUAAUAUGUCAUCAACAACCAAUAAGCAAUCCAUCUUGGACUAUUGGAUGUUCUGUGGAAGUUAAAUUGCAUGAAUAUAAGGAAGGUACACCUAAUCAAAGGAGAUAUUUUAUUGAACUAUGGGACAUUGGAGGUAGUCAAAGUCAUAAAAAUACUCGUAGAGUAUUUUAUAAUCCAACAAACGGUAUUAUACUUGUUCAUGACUUGACCAACAGGAAAUCCCAACAAAAUUUACAAAAGUGGUUAGAGGAAAUUUUAAACAAAGACAGCAGCAAUACUAAACCAAAAUCGUUUGACGAUUUUGACCCUGAAAAAUUUGUAGGGUCAACACAGAUUCCAAUUUUGGUAGUUGGAACCAAAUUUGAUAUGGUUACGGAACUAAGAUCAAACAUAUAUAAACGUUCCUCCACAAUAGCUGAAGAGUGUGGUGCUGAUGAAAUAUUUCUAGACUGUCUUCAAAUAAGAUCUUUAGCGGCAGGAUCCAGUUCUUCAGUAAAAUUAAGCAGAUUUUUUGACAAAGUUAUUGAAACAAGGUACUAUGCAAGGGAAGGAAUAAACCUCGAGCAACGUAGACUACCAGUAUAUACUACACAGUACAGCACAAAAUCGUAUCAUAACGAUUAAA